ACAGAGGGAGAGAGAGGGAGAGGGUGAGACUCUGUGGGGGGGUUGCUGCAGUGAUGAAGAGGAAAACCAAAACCCUAAAAACUAGGAGUAGCAAUGAGAAGAGAGAGACGAACAAAAUGAAAGGAACACUAGUGAGGCACUUGCAAGAUCAGCUAGGGAUUUCUUCUCUCCAGUACCAAUCUUCCUCCUCUAUCUCAUCGUCCAAUCCCUCCAAUCGAUUCCAAAACUUUCUAGAAUCUGUGGACGAGAGCGACGCUAUCAGCGUCGAUUUCGAUGAUAAAGAAACCAUUCUUACUCAAGAUUUCUUCUGUACACCUGAUUAUAUCACUCCUGACAAUCAAAAUAUGUUGAACAGUUUCGAUUGCAACAAGGAAAAUAUUCCUUGCCCUAAAUCACCUGAGAAGCUAAAUACUACCAAAAGCAAGAGGUAUCAACAGGAUGGCUUAUUAGUUAACACCCUCAGUCCUUCAUCCGGCUACCAAGAUAUAGCUGAACUCACAAAAAAUGCUUUUGGAAUAGAUGAAAUAAAGUUUGAUAAAACAACAGUAAUAGGAACACAGAAGACUCAGAAUUAUGUUUCACGAUCAGCUGUUGCUUUACGCUGUCGGGUCAUGCCCCCUCCUUGCAUUAAGAACCCAUACCAAAAGGAUGCUUUGGAAAUGGACAUCGAUCCUUUUGGAAACCAAAGAGCGAAAUGUGCAGGUUUCUUCCCCACAAUUAUGGGAGGCGAUGGCCUUUCACGUUAUUACACAGAUUUUCAUGAGAUUGAGCAAAUUGGUGCAGGACACUUUAGUCGUGUAUUUAAAGUGUUGAAGAGAAUUGAUGGAUGUUUCUAUGCUGUAAAACUUAGCACGAGAAAGCUGCAACAAGACAGAGAGAGGAGUAAAGCUUUGAUGGAAGUUCAAGCUCUGGCUGCUUUAGGGUCUCAUGAAAACAUUGUUGGGUACUAUUCAGCUUGGUUUGAGAAUGAGCAAUUGUACAUUCAGAUGGAGCUAUGUGAUCACAGCUUGUCCACUGAUAGAGCUUCACAGUUAUUUACAGAGGGAGAAGUAUUGAAAGCCUUGCAUCAGAUUGCCAAGGCAUUGCAAUUUAUACAUGAGAGAGGAAUAGCUCACCUAGAUGUAAAACCAGAUAAUAUUUAUGUUAAGAAUGGUGUUUAUAAGCUAGGUGAUUUUGGAUGUGCAACUCUUCUUGACAAAAGCCUGCCAAUUGAAGAAGGUGAUGCACGCUAUAUGCCACAGGAGAUCCUGAAUGAUAAUUAUGAUCAUCUUGACAAGGUUGAUAUUUUCUCUUUGGGGGCUACUGUUUAUGAACUAAUCCGAGGGUCACCUUUGCAAGAAGCUGGACCACAGUUUUCUAAUCUUAGGGAUGGAAAGCUGCCUCUCCUUCCAGGCCAUACCUUGCAAUUUCAGAAUUUACUCAAGGUUAUGAUGGAAUCAAAUCCUGUUCGACGCCCUUCUGCUAAAGAAUUGGUGGAAAAUCCAAUUUUUGAUAGAAUUCGAAAAAGUUGAAAAACUUAAGCCCUUGGGUGGCUAUGACAAGGAUUGAAAUGUUGUGUUGUUGUAUAUGGACUUGGUUCUGAUUGUGAUCAGUUGGCUCAGCCUGCAGGCCAUGGAAAAGAUUACGGUUGGUCUGAUUUUUGAUGAUAUUCAUUCUCUAAAUUAUGCACCAAGUUUUCUCCAGGAUGGUGCAAGUUUUGUACAGUUUGGAGUGAAUAUGCAAUACUAAGAGUUCCUUUGAACUUUGCA